AUGGCGGCACCCGUAGGGUGGCGCCUUGGGGACAUCUUUCAUCAUUUGAUGGAGUGCAAGCAAGCGAUCUGCGGCGCGUCAAAGGCGAGCCGCAAGUCAGCGCUGGAGUUUCUCUUUGCUGAUACCAAGAGCCCGCACACCCAUCGUCAAUGUGUAAUUAACAUGCAUGACAGGAACUUCGAGAUCUCCUCGCAAGAUCUCACCUUGUCGAAGGAGGACUUCCAGUGGCUCCGUGAGGACUGGGCCAAAGGAACACGCCCGCAAGCCGUGGCUCAGGGCAUCCGUUUUCGGCCUGGCACUUCGCUCCAGCAUGUUCUGGUCGGCCCACACAAGGAGGAGGCCGGGGAAGCCCACGGCCUCGCAACCGAUGUGCACAUGCACUUCCUGAACCCAAGCAAUCCGGAAUUGCACACCUCGGUGUUCAAGUUCUUCCGCCUCUUCUUCCAG